AUGGAGGCGAAUUUGGAGGAUUGCAUAUGGGGGAGGUUUGAUUGGAAUGAGUACAUUAAAGAGUUAGUUGGAGCGAACAGGGUCGAUGAAGAAGUUCUUAUAGAGAAGAUCAAUUCUGUAAAGGAAAGUGUCGGUCGACAAAUUCGGAAAGCGGUUGAGCAACAUCAUCCUCGUUUGGUGGAGCAAGCUAGUGCUUUGCAAAAUUUGGACCGUGUACAAGCUGCUAUUAGUCAUGAAAUGUCCCAUCUUACUGGAAAAUGUGAAGAGUUAUGCCAGAGAUUCCAACUUCAGAAUGAAAAUUUGCGCAGAGCAACUAUCAGAUUGGAGCAACUAUACUUGUUGAGACGAGUUUUAUCAUCAGCAAAUAGAUGUGAACAGCUGGUUGAAAAAUUGAAAACUACAAAUGAAUUGGUGAAACGUUCGGAAAUAAUUUGUGAAUUAGAAGCAAUCAAAGCUGAAGUAAUUUGUCUGAAGGAUCUCGAAAAUACCCGUGAAAUGGUUUUAGUAACAAUACCGAAGCUAGCCGUGGAUGCCAGACAGAGCGCUGCGACCCAAUUAAGGUCAUCACUUGAAAGUCUUAGUGUACCACUUGUGUCAUCCUGUGUCCGUGCUUUGAAAAAUCUAUCUUCAUAUGAUUCUGAGGUAAAUCAGAUUUUGCAAGAAAAUAUUAGACAGUUAGAUAGUGAAUUUCUCCAACUCAGUGACAGUUCAGUAACAGUUGCAAAGUUUCUACCUCAGCUGAUUAAUCAGAUUCAGAUGUCAUUGGAGCAGUAUUCUUUGCUUAGUGUUGAAGUCGUCUCAGACUUUUCUGAGAAACUCGCAUUCAUUAUUUCAAGACGCAUCCCUGAAAAUGCUGCAUAUGUUCCUCGUUUUGUACAAUUUUUGUCGAAAGUUUUAUCUGCACAUCCGACAAAAGCUAUUCAACCUUUGGAUCAAAGUCUUCAACCUCUUCGAAGAGCUAUACUUUCUCAUUCUCUGAAUAGGAUGUUCAAAACAGUAGAGAUCACAUUCGAAGAAAAUAGUCUCACGGAUUUCCCUGUCGAGAAUAUUGAUUCAGCAAUCAAAGAAGAAUUAAAAGACUCUAAUUGGGACCCGAAGUUAAGGAAAGAAAUGGAGGCUAAUGUCGGGAAAGUAUUACAGUUAGUUGCACAAAAGAUUGAACAGCAUCUUUCGUUGGAUUCAUGUUCUCUUCAAAUGGGUGAACGCCUUAGUGCUCUGCAGAUAGAAAAUUAUACUUUAAUAUCCAUGGCGCAUACUUUAGCGCUGUCUUGGCCAUCUCAUAGUAAACCACUGAUACGAAUCUCACAACAAGCUGAAAAAGCGUUGUUAGAUGUUGCUCGGUCAUCAGUUUUUUCAAUUUUAGCAUCAAUGCAUAAAGAAGAGUUGAACGAGCCAUCUCCGUAUGUGAAAGAACUUUGUGAUUACUUACGCAUUUUCCACCUUCAUGCCGGAUAUUUUUUAAAGUUUGCCGGUUCUGAUGAAGUUAUGACUUCAUUUUUGAAUUAUGUUAUUGAAUUGUUUCUGAUGAAUUCAUCGCUCUUACGACCUAUUUCAUUUGACAAUUUAUGUCAUGUCUCUUCUGAUUUACAAUACAUAAGCGACAAUGGGCUGUCAUUAUUUAGUACUCAGCCCUCUCUUAUGCUAGAAAUACCGCAGUUCGUGAAAGCUUUUAGAUUAUCACCUGAAGAGCUAUCAGAGUCAGAAUCAUUGCCGUUUUGGUUUGUUACACAAUUGUUAAUAAGUAUGAGUGAAGAAACACUGUUGUCGCCACAUGUAUCAGCUGGUUGGACAAUAGAAGAAUAUUUGAGAUGGUCUAUGGAACAUGGUAUCAAUGACCGCCUCAAUUUUUUCUCAUCUCUUAUGCAUGAAACUAAAGAAGUAGAAAAAAAAGAUGGUGACGAUGAUGAAUGGGAAGAGAAAAUUGUGGUGUUAGAAAUUAUUGGUUUGAUGGAUGUGGAUAGAGCAAAACAGGCAUUGAAUCGAGGGGAUUGUGUGAUUCGCAGAUGUGAAACGGAGAAUCCGAUUGUACAAAUUGGUAGUGCCCUUUUCACAGCUGAAUGGGAUGGUACUGUGGGCACUGAUAUGAUUUUUAAAGUUGAAGAUAAGAAGCUUUGUUUAGCUGAGUGUGCAGAUGUUCGAUUGAAGGCUGAAAAGGCGCUGAUUACUAGUAAUGAUGACAAUAAAUAA